AUUGGCUGAAAAUCAUUUUAUUGGCAGAAGAAACCUGUUGAGUGCUUGGCACUUGAGGACUAGUGGACACCUGUCGUCCAUGACGCAUGCUCCAAACGAGCAAAUCCCGCCAAAAGUCCAGUCGUUGUCUUGGUAGCGGUGCUGAGGCGACGCGCCUUGCCACACGAAACCGAAAUGGAAACUUUAAGUUCUUAAAAAAAAAAAAAAAAAAUUGUUUGUAUUUGGUGGUUACACUCGUAAACCGUUGGGUUUACGUGUCAUGUACCAAGGUUGCGGUAAGCUGAAGAAUCAUUGGUAAAAGGAAUUGCAAAAUGCCUCGCGAUAGAUACUUUUUGACUUCAAGGAAGAAGGAAAAAUGUCUCUCUGUUUUAAAUUUAAGUUAAUGUUGAAGGAAUUUGCGAGCUGUGCUUUAAGAAAAUCGACAAGUUCAUCAUGCGAGCCUCUAAACAACCAAGAAACAGCGAAAGGCGAUUCACUGCAUCACGUCAGACUCAGUUCACACCUCAAUAACACAUCUACUGCACCAGACAUAAACGAUAACAAUUUUGAGGCUCAUGGAAUCCAAUUUACCUGCAAAGAAGAUAGGGAUGGCUUCAUGUUGAAGAUGACAGCAAUGAAACAAGCUUUUGAUAAAGAAUUAUUAGAAAUUAGCCGUCAACAUCAGCGCUUUCGUGCUGGGGGAUAUCUUCUUAAUUCUCGUGUGUUGGAAAUGGAGCGAAUAAUAAGAACAGACCAAAGAAAAGGAUCCAUUGAUUUGGUGAAAACCAACAACUACGAACCGUCUGUUUUGAAUAGCCAGAAUUUUCAGAUUGUCCAUGAAAUGGAUUCUUUGUGCAGUAUAUUGGAUAAUACGAAUGAGGAAAUCAUGUCAUUGAAAAAGUAUCUAGAUAUUGAGUACAAAGAAAGAACAUUGUACCCCGAGCCAGUAAUGCUUCGUUCUUCUUCCAUUGAGGACGAGUAUUCCAGGAAAAUGAAGCAAGAUGGAGGUUUAAGUUAUCAGAGCAAGGAUAAUACUAUUAAAUAUAUAACGUACCAGUGUUUACCGCCGCCAUUUUCCCUUCGACAAAUAAGCGCUCAAUGACUGCAUUUCACAGGGAGYUACCAUUUGUAGGAGCACCAAUGGAAUAUUAUCUUUUAGUAUAGUAAAUAUGAGUUUCAUAGUGUAUUAAGAUAUCUUCAGCUUGAAGGAUUCUAUUUAGAAGGUAAUUAUUACAUUACUUUGUUCUCUAAGGAGAAAUAAUUCAUUCGCCGUUACAUCACUUGUCAUUCUACUUUAAACGCAUGAAUGACAAAAAAAAUAGUUAUACAGCCAAAACCUGAUACCGCGUGCAACCACUAAGUUAAGAGUUUUGGGUGUAAAAGGGUAAAGUACCUUUCCAUGUUUGAACAAAAAAAAAAAGCAAAUUUCAAGAUCGCGAUAUUUAGUGUAGAGGUUUUUGCUGUAAACUUCCUGAUUCCAUUUCAUUUCAUAGAAAGCGGCCAACAGUCAUUAAAUUAUGUUUUAAUGUUGAGCAAACCCAAAACAUCCUAGCCGUCUGAGGAGAAAAACACAGCGUUUAAAACUGAAAAAUAAACUAAAUUGCUUAUCAAGGUGCAGAGUAAGCACAGCCACUCUAAGAAAGAUUCCCUUUAACGGUGAAACUACCUAACCAACGGCAAUGCUUUUCGAUACGCGUAUGAUUGCAUGUUGAGAGGAGCGCACGUUGGGAAUCAUGGGUAUUCUGAAGAAAAUCAGUGACGUAAAGAGGUGAAAACAACUCGUUUAUUURUAUCGCCAUUCAUAAUUCAUAAAAUGAAGUGAAAUAUAUGUAGAAUUAUUCCAUUCGGAAUCCUUCAUGCUGUUUAUUAGCAUAAUAUAAUAUAUUGAUACCGUAUUGGUAACAUGGGGUAUGGGUAAUGUGGGGAAAAUGGUACAUAUAUUCAAAGUUUUUUUAUAAGAUAUUGAUUGUAAAGUUAUGUAAAAUGGUGUAGAUAUGUAAAGGGAUAUAAUAAGAUUAAAGGAUAUUUUUACCAUAAAGAUCGUCUCUUUGCAGUUACUUCCGUUUGUAAGCCUUUUAAGACGGGUUUAAACCGGUUUUUACCAGUUUGUGCCGUUUUCAAUUCCCUCUCAUUCAUUCAUGCUUA